UAGUCCUUGCUCGUGCGUAAGUCACCUUACGUUUUAGAUCCGCUUUUGAGGCUUUUUGCGCUUCCUUAAACACAUCGGCGGUUUUAAACGGGGGCCAGGGGGGGCCAGUGCCCCUGUAAAAUUGCUCCUGGCCCCUGUUGUGGCCCCUGUGCUGAACAGGUAACAAGAUUUAUUAAUUUUGACGUGCGCUGGCUCGAAGAUCGGAACUGACAUGACGGAGUGUUCUACACGGACUCCUUAAAGCGCUACACGCACGCUGUUACCUGCAGCAGAAAGACCCGCAGCAGCGCGAAUUGUAAACUUCGGACGCAGAUAAGAGCUGCAGCCCUGCAAGAAUUCUAGUUCUCUAGGCUACUGCGAAGAGGCGAAGGGUGGCUCAUGAAGGAAUCGGGGUCUCUUUCUGGGUGAACCCCAACAGCAUCUGAAAGGCAAUCUGAGAGUGAGGAUGAAGACAUUCAGGAUCAGAUUGAGGGACAACCCAACAAGUCAUUGGGACAACCAGAUUCACCAUGCAUAUCAAGUACAGCACAGAUAUCAGCAAGUGCUUGGACAACACUCCAGUGCAGCCACAUCUGAAGAAAAGGUUAAUUGUAUGCAAAAAUAGAAAUCUUAUUUUACAAAAAAGAGAAACAUGGUUUUAAGAUUUACUGAGCACAACUUAUUUUAUGUUUAGGCUAUUGAGACAGAAUGUUUCUCAUUGUAUUUAUGCUCAAUGUAUUUUGUUUUGGUUUUAAAUAAACUAAACAUUUUGAACGCCUAAAUAUUGCCAUGUUUUGCUCAUAUGUGCCCCCCUGAAAAAACACUGGCCCAACCUCGGCCCCCCUAGUAAUUUCGGUCUAGAACCGCCAGUGCUGAAACACCCCUUGUGUUUUGUCCUCGCUGCGAAUCUUUCUCUGUCCCAGGUGGUAGGUUUGUAUUCUUUGCUGGUGCCUACUAGCUGUUUAGAGUUGUAUUUUUUUGUGUGUGCCGUUAACCGUAGUUAUGCUUAACCUAGAUGAGUUUAAAGCGCCAACGCAGGAAGCGCUGCUUGGUAUAACUCGUGAUGAGCUUCUACGUGUUGCAGGGCAUUAAAGUUGAUGUUCGUGGGGGUAUCACUAAAAGUGAGUUGCAGGUGCAGUUUAUCGAUUCGCUGUAUAGCCAAGGUGUGUUUGGCGAAGUCGAGAAAGUCGCCCCUGAACCUCCGACCACUUCCACUAAAAGCUCACUCGAGUGGAAGCGCUUAGCGCUGAGAGAGAGGGAGCUUGAAUGGGAGCAAACUAAAUUAAGAGAGCAGAGGGAGCAUGAGCUCAACAUCAAUUUCACUCGGGAGGACGUAAGUGGGAAUAAUCUAGCCUUCUUGGAUUGUGAUGUACACAUUAGACAAGACAGAAGCCUUAGCAUCGAGGUCUACCGGAAACCCACACACACGGACCAGUACCUACUCUUCGAUUCUCACCACCCACUGGAACACAAAUUGGGGGUCAUUAGGACCUUGCAACACAGGGCUCAGAACAUCCCUACAACGGUAGAGGGAAAAGAGAAGGAGCAGAAUCACAUCAGGAAAGCACUUCAGAACUGUGGGUAUCCCAACUGGUCUUUCUUCAAGAGCAGGAAAAGGAACAUAAUGGACAAGGAGGAUAACAGGAACAAACGCAAGAACAUUGUCAUUCCCUACAUUUCUGGUCUAUCUGAGAAACUCAGGAGGAUCUUCUACAAACACAACAUUCCGGUAUGUUUCAGACCCAGUAACACCCUGAAGCAGAAAUUGGUCCACCCUAAGGACAGAAUACCCAGACACAAACAGGACAACGUGGUGUAUGCAAUUCAGUGCAGUGAGCAAUGCACGGACUCGUAUAUUGGUGAAACCAAGCAACCGCUUCACAGGCGUAUGGCUCAACACAGGAGAGCCAGUUCCUCAGGCCAGGACUCUGCUGUCUACCUUCAUCUUAACAACAAAGGACACUCAUUUCAGGAUUCCAACGUACGCAUUUUAGCCAGAGAGGAUUGUUGGUAUGAGCGAGGAGUUAAAGAAGCCAUUUUUGUCAACCUGGAACGGCCAUCACUGAACAGAGGUGGGGGUCUAAGACAUAAUUUAUCAGCCACCUACAAUGCAGUCCUUGGCACACUUCCCAGACAACUGAAUGCACACCAAAACCCAGCUGUUUUCAGUGGCUCACAGGAGGACAGAGAGAAUCAGCAUUCCAUUGAUCACCUUAACGGGCAAUCCAUUGAUCACCCUAACGACUCUCGAGGCCAUUCACAUUCAGCCCCCAGUGACCCACGCCAACAGGAUGACUCAACGACACCUUAGAUGAGCUUUUCAUCCAUGAGAGGAUAAAUACCUGAUACUCCCUACCAGUCAGACAGAACUGAAGAAGCCUUUUGGAUGAGAGGUGAAACGUCUUCAAGAAUUUUCAAGCAAGUCCAGUUGCUCUCUUUUACCACCCAUAGUUACUAUGACCUGGAUGACUGAGAAUAUUCACAGACGAGCAUGAGCUCCGUUUAAAAAAACCUGGAACACGAUCACGCUGUACGCUUAAAGGAACUGGAGUUGCAGGCUAGGGCAGUUGGCGUACCAUCCAGGCAUGAUUUUGACGUGGCUCGAAAUAUACGUGUAGUUCCACCGUUUAAUGAAAAAGAAGUCGAUAAAUUCUUUAAUCACUUUGAGCGUGUGGCUACUACAUUAAAAUGGCCACCCGAGGUCUGGACAAUGGUAUUACAAUGUGUUUUUACUGAUAAGGCCCAGGAAGCAUAUUCCUCUUUGCCACUAGAAGAUGCUUCUGAUUAGCAGAAGGUCAAACAGGCGGUACUUAGGAUAUAUUCGCUCGUUCCUGAAGCCUAUCGGCAAAAACUCCGGUCAUUUUCAAAACCCGACUCGCUGACGUAUGUGGAAUUUGUUAGGGAGAAGGAAAUCCUCUUUGACCGUUGGUUGCAGUCACAAAAUGUCACCACCCUUGAGGCGGUUCGCAACUUAAUUAUAGUAGAGGACUUCACCAACGGACUUCCACAGGGCGUCGCCACCUACCUGAGCGAGCAUGAAGACCUAACAUCUGCCAGAGCAGCCGGCUAGCGGAUGAAUAUGCUCUUGCUCAUAAACGCGAUCUCACUGGAAAAACUAGCUCUUCAAAACAAAGUGGGCUCGUUAAAGGGCCGGUGCGUGGUCGCACGCCUUCCCUGCCCCGUCAGUCGAGCGUUAGCCGAGUCAGCCAGGCGUCUAGAAACACAGUUCCAGCAUGCGUUUACUGUAAGAAAAAGGGCCACGUCAUUGCUGAUUGUUACAGGUUUAAGCGUAAAAAUCAAACCUAUCCCGCUUCACCAGUCAAAACGGAGACUGGUUUGUGUUUCCAGUUCUAAAAAGGACGAAAUAAAUGUAUCUGAUUCAGAUGCGGACAAAUCCCCAAGUGGGUCUUUUGCGCCGUUUAUUUUGGAUGGCACUGUCGCUUUACCUGGAGUGCCCGGCGAAUGUGUGCGUAUUAAAAUAUUGCGCAAUACCGGUGCUUCACAAAGUUUUUUGCUUAAGGAGGUGUUACCUUUCAGCGACAGUACAUAUACUGGAGAUGAUGUCCUCGUACGAGGAUUUGAAAUGGGUUUCGUUAAUGUCCCUUUGCAUAAGGUGUCCCUUUCGUCCGACUUAGUUACCGGUGAUGUAGUUGUGGGGGUUCACCCCUGUCUCCCCGUUGAAGGUGUAGCAAUGCUGCUGGGGAAUGAUCUCGCCGGUGGGAAAGUUUUGCCUUGGCCAAUAGUAUCUCCACAGUCUUUAGGUGUUCGUCCGUCCACUGUUGUCCCUGAAGUUUAUCCAUCCACCGUAAUUACACACGCCAUGGCGCAGUGCUAUAAAUGUGACAGUCCAGAUGUUAUGGUGGAUUUAAGAGACUUUCCUUGCUCAUCCGUUAAUGAGCAGUGUCUCAUCGCCUCGCGGUUCUCAUUCGGUCACGUCUAAACUCCCCCUUAGCCGCGAGCAGCUAAUUAAAGAGCAAAAAGACAAUCCCUCUCUGACACCGCUCUUGUCCGAGGCCACAUCGAAAUGUGAUAAUGAUGUGAAACCUCCAGGCUAUUUUAUACAGGAUGGUGUGUUGAUGCGCAGAUGGCGGCCUUUGACUGCCCCUGUGCAUGAUACAUGGCAUGUUGUUAAUCAAAUUGUGGUGCCAACAGUUUAUAGGGAUGAAGUGUUAAGUCUAGCUCACGACCACCAUUUUGCGGGACAUCUGGGUGUCAAUAAAACUUCCGACCGAGUGCUACAACAUUUUUUUCUGGCCAGGAAUUAAACGUGACGUCAUAAGGUUCUGUAGGACAUGUCACCUGUGCCAAGUCGUAAGGAAGCCUAAUCAAGUAAUUCCGCCUGCUCCCCUACAGCCAAUCCCCAUGUCUUCUGAAGCAUUUGAGCAUGUAAUCUUAGACUGUGUGGGUCCUCUGCCUAGAACCAAGUCGGGAAAUCAGUACCUACUCACGAUCAUGUGCAGCCUCACGCAUUUCCCCGAGGCCGUUCCCUUAAGGAAAAUUACAGCCCCGGUCAUCGUGAAGGCGCUUUUGAAUUUUUUUUCUGUGUUUGAUCUCCCAAAAGUCAUUCAGACAGAUCAAGGGACAAAUUUUCUGUCUAAGAUAUUCAGGCAAGUCAUGCAACAACUAGCGGUUCAACACGUUACAUCAAGUAGUUAUCACCCCCAGUCACAAGGUGCGCUUGAACGAUUUCACCAAACCCUCAAAACAAUGCUAAAAACGUACUGUCUUGAGUUUGAAUGUGACUGGGAUGAGGGAGUGCCGAUGUGCCUCUUUGCCUUGUGUGAGGUGGUUCAGGAGAGUCUAGGGUUUAGCCCUGCGGAGCUAGUCUUUGGGCAUACUGUGCGUGGGCCAUUGAAGGUUCUCAAAGAUGCGUGGCUUACUGAGAUGGCCAGUUAUCAUGACCUAAAUGAUUGUCUCAAAAAUGCGUUACAGGUUGAAGCGGGCUUGCCAACUGGCAAAAAAGAACCUUGAGUUGUCUCAGGGAUGAAUGAAAAAACGGUACGACCGAAAAUCUCUCUCUCGCCAUUUUUCCCCUGGUGACCAAGUCAUGGUUUUAAUGCCAGUGCCUGGCUCUGCUUUACAAGCGCGCUACGCGGGCCCUUAUCGCGUGGAGCGAAAAGUUGGUGACUUAAAUUACGUCAUUGCCACCCCCGAUCGCAAAAAGGUAACCAGGCUGUGUCACAUUAACAGACUAAAAGCCUACCGGGCACAAAAACUGACAGCUGCCGCAGUAAGCACUGAUACAAAAGGGGAACUGUCCAGGUCAUGUGGUUCUGAACUUGCCACUCUCUCCACUUCAUGCGCAACCGCUGUUCUCUCUGACCAGCCUCCCGACGUUCCUGGCCCGCCUGUUUAGUUGGUUGAAGGGAGGCUAAAAAAUUCUGAAAUCCUUAGCGAUCUGCCCUCUUAUUUUUCCCACCUUGCUAAAUCCGAGUCAGCUGACUUGAUUGCUUUGCUGAAGUCCCAUUCCUCGCUGUACCACCGCUAUCGUGCAUGACAUUGAUGUCGAGAAUUCAAAGCCAAUCCGCCAACACCCAUAUCGCGCAAAUCCAUUAAAGUGUGAAAUACUUAGACAGGAGGUGAACUUCAUGUUGGAAAACAAAAUUGCUGAGCCAAGUAGUAGCCCGUGGAGUUCCCCAUGUCUAUUAGUUCCCCAGCCUGACAGUACGUUCCGUUUUUGCACCGACUUUAGGCGUGUUAACGCAGUAACCAAGCCAGACAGUUUCCCCUUGCCUCGAAUGGAUGACUGUGUUGACCGCCUAGGUUCGGCCAAUUAUGUGAGCAAGCUAGACCUCCUCAAGGGAUAUUGGCAAGUCCCUUUAACCGAGCGUAGUAAGGAGAUCUCAGCUUUCGUUACACCUGAUCAUUUUCUACAGUAUGUGUGCAUGCCUUUUGGUCUUCGAAACGCCCCAGCCACCUUUCAACGAUUAGUUAAUCGAAUUUUUGAUGGUGUGUCUAAUUGUGAGGCAUACUUAGACGACUUAAUUGUGUAUAGCGCCACCUGGCGGGCUCACGUGGAACAUCUUGCCACCGUCUUUGAAAGACUGUCUAAUGCGAACUUGACCGUGAAUCUAGCCAAGUGCGUAUUUGGCGAGGCCACCGUGGUGUACCUCGGCAAAGUUGUUGGACGUGGAGAAGUUCGUCCAGUGCUUGCCAAAGUGGAAGCAAUUCUGAACUUUCCACCUCCAACCUCACGACGUGAAUUGUGCCGUUUCCUGGGCAUGGUGGGCUACUACAGAUCAUUCUGUAGAAAUUUUUCGAGUGUUGCCGCCCCUCUCACUGACAUGCUCAGCACAAAGCAUGUGUUUGACUGGGAUACACCCUGUCAAUCCGCCUUUGAAUCAAUCAAAGCGCUGCUUACUACUGUGCCUGUGCUGGCCGUGCUUAACUUUAACAUGCCUUUCUCUAUUACGGUGGAUGCAAGUGAUUUAGGGGCGGGUGCUGUCUUGUUUCAGGAGGGUAACGAUGGUCUGGACCAUCCUGUUGGGUUUUACUCACGCAAAUUUAACCAGUACCAACGUGCCUAUUCCACCAUCGAAAAAGAAGCGCUUGCGCUCGUGCUGGCUCUACAGCACUUCGAGGUAUAUGUUGGCGGGGCAGCUAAGGUUACCGUAUUCACAGACCAUAACCCUCUAACAUUUCUCAACCGUAUGUGCAACAACAACCAAAGGUUAAUGCGUUGGAGUCUGGUGCUUCAGGGCUAUAACCUUGACAUUAAACACAUUCGUGGUUGGGAUAAUGUCGUGGCUGACGCGUUAUCCCGGGUUUAGUUAUACUGUUAAAUGGAAUUAAUAAUAAAUUGUCGGGCUGCAUUUUUCUUUUCUUCCUGUAAUGUAAACCUGUUAAAUAUAUCAUUGUGUGAUUUGAAACUGUUGUGAAACACUCUAAUUGUAUAUGCCUUUACUCUUUAUGCAGACUUCCCCUGAAAGGUUCAGAAUGUACUCUGGUGGGUACUUUUUUUUUUUUUUUGCCUUGUUUUUGGGCGGUCACGUGGUUAUGAGCAGUUGUAUCGGGGGCACCACCAAGGCUUGGGCAACUACUUGUUACUGGGUAGUUCUACCGGCCUAUGGGUUUAAGGUGCGCAAGUACCCACCACAACGGCUGCCCGAAGAUUAGGGUCUACUGUUAGGUAGAUUUGUGUGUAUAGUUAGUGGGGAAGAUCUGAGUUUUUAUAUUUAUGCAGUCAGUUUCACAAAAAAAAACAUGUGUGUAUGUAUAUGUAUGUAUGUGUGGUCUUCACCCUUCAAUUUAUUUCUUAAGGGUGGGGGUGUUGCGUAGCCUAGAUGCUGCGUUGCGUCUACUGUUUGCCCAUGUGGUUGCUGUGUGUUUUUUUUUUUUUUUUUGUUUUUGUUUUUUUUUU